AUCUGUCUUUCCCCCCGCCUUCCAUAGGCAGCCUUCAAAAUCCAUCAUGGAUUAUCUCUCGAAACCCGGGUUCCUCAGCGUCAUCGCUGGAGUCGCGUGUGGAGUGUGCCUGGGGUGGGGCAUUCGCGGGAGGCUCCUGAGGCAGCCCAGAGCCGGAAUGACCGCCCCUGCAAACAACCUGGGGAGCGAAACAAGCAUCAUGGGAGAGUCCGGGGAGUUCAAGAUGGUUCUGAUCGUCCGCAAUGAUUUGAAGAUGGGGAAGGGUAAAGUAGCAGCACAGUGUUCCCACGCUGCUGUUUCUGCCUACAAGCAAGUUCAGAGAAGAAAUCCUGAACUCCUGAAACAGUGGGAGUACUGUGGCCAACCUAAAGUGGUCCUCAAAGCUCCCGAUGAAGAGACUCUGAUCCAACUCCUGGCUGAUGCUAAACACCUCGGACUGACUGUGAGCUUAAUACAAGACGCGGGUCGUACUCAGAUAGCUCCAGGCUCCCAGACAGUCCUUGGGAUCGGACCGGGACCAGCUGAUGUUGUAGAUAAAGUUUCCGGUCACCUGAAACUCUUCUAAACCAGGGACCAAAGAAAGCUGAAUGCAUUGAUGUAUGGCAGUACUGAAGGGAUUAAAACCCAAAUUUGGGGAUUUUCUCUCAAUAUAAAUAAAAGUAACCAGGUUUUGUAAAAGAUUUAUAUUUGCAAAGUUCAAUAUUAAUGUCUUUCAUGAGUUUCUGUAGCGCGUUCUAAAGUGGGAAGGAAAGUGCUAGACUGGGUGGAGUUGAGGAAAGUAGAGCUGGCAGAACAUUGCUACGCAUAAGAAUGAACCCAGUGUCUUUAA